AUGACAGCUGUGGCAUCACCACCAAGUGUGCAAUCUGGGCCUCGUCUGGGAUGGCAUCCUGCUGUUGACGGUGGUCAAGGAGCGCUUACCCCUUCGAGCUCAGACGAGGGACUACGAAUGUUCAUACCGCGAAAAAGUGUGCAACGAACAAACUCGUCCUCAUCUUUGAAUUCAAACUCGUCUACAUCAUCUACAAUAACCGUGAAUUCGCCACACAGUAAUGCUAGCUACACAUCCAACGAGUCGGGAACUGCGACGUCUAAGAAAAAGUCAUACAAAUAUAGUUGGUCCAACUCCAAGGCUGAACCAGUGUCCGGGGUGACGAAUGCGAGAUCUCUGCCUGUUUCCGUACCCUCCUCUGGAACCACCGCAUCCUCCGCCAUGUCUGCUCUUCAUCAGCCCACCCCCGUUGUGCCGUCUCAGCAUGCCCUCCAAAACCAGCAACAAAAUGGCACCCGGCUCACCAAUGGAUCCCUACCUAGCGACCCCCCGGCAAUCUUGACUUUAUUGCCAGUAAAUGGGACGUUUGAAAGAAAGCAGAUAACUGUUCCGUAUUUCCCUGAAGUGCUUCGCGUUGGGAGACAAACCAACGCCAAAACAGUUCCUACGCCAGUAAAUGGUUAUUUUGAUUCAAAAGUACUCUCUCGACAGCAUGCGGAAAUCUGGGCCGACCGGGCAGGGAAAAUUUGGAUAAGAGAUGUGAAAUCAUCCAAUGGAACGUUCGUCAAUGGGCAACGUUUAUCCCCAGAGAACCGUGAUUCUGAGCCACAUGAACUUCGAGAACAUGACACGCUUGAGCUUGGGAUUGAUAUCGUGAGUGAAGACCAGAAAUCAAUUGUCCAUCAUAAAGUUUCGGCCAAAGUGGAGCAUGCUGGAAUUUAUGGCCCGAACAUGAAUAUCUUGGAUUUGAACUUUGGCGACAUUGACCCAACUGCUGGCGGUGGACUUCUACCCUCGCACCUCAGCCAACCUCUCUCACACAUGCGCGGUAGACCUGGGAGCGCCGCAUCCAAUCGUAACAACCACAGCGCGGCUGGGAAUCAUAUGGGCAUGUUGCACCAACAGAGACAAAUGAACUACUGGCUCUCCCCUAUCUCGAUCGAGCAGGUGGUAAAAAGGCUAUCGUCUGAAAUGAAACAAGCAAAACAACAAGCUCACGAUCUCAACCAAACCAACAACUUUCUUAGUCAUUUGGUCUCCCAUGAGAUCUUAGAAAAGGAGCGGGCGAAACUGUCCCCCGUUGAGAGCCACGGUGGUGGGCGCUUGGUAAACGGGCGCCCCAAGAUGUCAAAAGUGGACCAGAUAUCCAGAUUUUCAGACCCACCAGCACCACCACCACAACAACCUUUACCUGAGAAGCCUGACGCUCCACAUCGUAGUAUAGCUGAUUCCAUGCCACAACCGAAUUUGAAACGAUCUGGCACGGAGAAACCCAAAGCUCCCAUUCACCCGCCAGUAAAUCGAGAAUCAAGUCAGAUUCUGUCGCUAAUAGAAGCGCUCGCCACAGCUAAGAAAGACCUUGAUGUGCAGGGUGCUCGAGUCAAGGAACUAGAAAAUCUACUUCUGGCGGAGCGGGCAGCUAGAGAACAUGCUGAAGAACGAGCACGAAGCCUGGAGGGAGGUGCUGCUGACCGGGGAGAAAAUUCGGAAUUAGAGGCAGUCUGUCAACCGCCUGCCACAUCGGAAAACGACACCACUGGGGUUGAAGAGGUAACUGUUCUCGAACCUUCAAAACCGGAAGAAUCGAAGCCCGCUGUUGAUUCCCCGCUACCCGAGCCCAGCAAAAUACCACCUGAUGCAAUUUCUGAACAGCUCCAGCAGCGCAUCGAUUGCAUGAUCGCUGAGAUGGACGAAAUGAAGAAAGAAGUGGCCAAAUAUAAACAGUCUGCCGAGAAAGCCGAAAACGAGGCUUCCGAGACCCGUAAAACACUCGCUGAAAUGAUCGAACAGAUCCGAAGUACGCGCACCGAAGUUCCCCCAAAUUCGUCACCGGAAGCCAUCAAAAUCGAGUUGGAUAAUAGUGAAACUGAAGCUGAUACCCUGGUCAAUAUUUUUAAUGAGAGGCUUGGUCAAACCAAUUUGCCACACGACGCUAGCUCAAAGUCCCGCCCACUCGAUCAAGCAAGUAAAGAGGUAUAUGGAGCUUAUGUGAAGCAACGUCACAGAAACAUGCUGGAUCACACUGCUCCGUACGCCUCAAUGCUUGGUGUGGUCCUUCUAGGUGUGGGAAUUAUGGCAUAUUUAAACGGCUGGCAGAGAGGGGAUAAAUGA